UGACCUAGCAGGACAUGUUUAGAUCACAUCGGAGAUGUCAGAGAUUCUAGCUCGAAGAAGCAUUUGUUUAUUAUUUGUUUAGAUGGGACCUUAGUUGUUCUAGGUGUAUGUUUGUGAACUUCGCAGAAAAGUAUAUGUCAACAGCAUUUAACGUGAAGUAAUAGGUCAAUAGUGCUUACAAUGCACCAUUCAAUGAAACUUCCUGUGUCACCUAUCGUGGACAAAAUGUUUUCACGAUAUUCGAAUUUUUGUGUUUCUAAAGUUGAAAGUGCUGCGUUAAAUCGGGCAUACAGCGUUUGUGCAAACAGAUCUUAUUCUGGCGUUGAGUUGGACCAUUUACACCAAGAGAAAAAAUGUCGGCUUUUCUUGUCUAGUAUGGGAAGAAACAAAUGUCAGCGAAGGUCCCUCUCCUCACAAUUUUCACCGGAAAUCGCGCCUCAUCCUCCCAUGGUUUUAAAAUUUCUGUCCGAAAGCAGCCCAGUGCUUUUUGCUCAAGAAAACCUAGUCCUUCUUCACGAUCUGACAUGUCUACCGUGGUGGGCCACGAUCAUUUCUUCAACUAUCAUACUCCGCACAGCAGUAACAUUACCACUUGCUGUGUAUCAGAAUCAUGUACUAGCCAGAUAUGAAAACAUACUUCAAGAAAUGCCUGCUAUUGUAAAGGAAUUGAAAGCAGAGACGGCGUACGCUGUGAAAAAAUUUCAGUGGACAGAAAAGCAAGCAAGAGUAGUAUAUAACCGCUCAUUGCGGAAGCAGUUAAAAAAGUUAAUUAUAAGGGAUAACUGUCAUCCAGCCAAAGCAUCAUUACUAGUGUGGGUUCAGAUUCCAAUGUGGAUUUGUUUGUCGGCAUCUCUGAGGAAUUUGGUGUACAUGUUACCACAGCAUUCAGUAGGUGCCGAGAUAAAUUUUGUUCAACUUACUAAGGAGGGAUUGCUCUGGUUCUCAGAUCUUACUUUGCCUGAUUCAACUUUCAUAUUGCCAUUAAUUUUUGGCAUGACAAAUCUUGCCGUUGUUGAGAUUGUGUCACUCUCAAAGGUUAAAACUCCUGGAAAAUUGCAGAAAUUUAUUACAAAUAUUUUCAGGGUUCUUACAAUAGGAAUGACUGCAAUAGCAACACAGGUGCCUUCUUGCUUAACAGUUUAUUGGGUGACGUCCAGUUUCUACGGCUUGGUACAAAACAUAGUUCUUAUGUCACCACGUGUCAAGAAAUUCUUUAGAAUACCAGAAACCCCUUCCCAACUAAAACAUCCAUACAGGCAUAUUUACAAGCGCUUAAGGGAGAAAGUAGAUAAACUGUUUACUUUUGGAACACAAGUGUCAAAGGAGAAGUAGCACGCUUGUUUUGUGAUACAGGUUUUCAGAGGGAGGAAGAGAACCCACCCAUGAAGAAAUAUUACUAUAUGUUGAAAUAGAUACUGGUACAGUGACUGGUGUAGUGUAAGUUGUGAAUGGGCAUAUAUAAGACACAUUUCUUAAUUUGUACACUCAAAUAUUAGAGUGAAUUUCAGUUAAGCUUUUGUUCCUUGUUGUCUUUGACAACAAGGUCAAUC